AUGUCUCCAUCACAGGCCGAGACUGAGACUGACCCUCGGCGGUCCGACCACGUCGUCAAACGUGUCUCACGAGCCUGUCUUCACUGCAGGCAGCGCAAAUCACGCUGUGAUCUCGACACCAACGGCAACGGCAACCCGGGCAAGCCACCCUGUCAACGCUGCGUGCGCGAGCAUCGUGAAUGCAUUCUUGGUGGUUCCAACCGUGGAGGCCGGCGCAUUCGCAAGAACAAAAUCAAGAACUUCACCCCGGCCACCAAUCCCUCCCCGAGCAAGGACUCGGAAGAAAUCACGAGCCCGAAUAGCUCUGAGGCGCGCCAACCUCCAUCAGCUUCUUACCCCGGCCCGGUGGUUUUUCUGCCCCCAAAUCCAGCUACCUCCGGAGCCGUCGAAGAAGAAGAAGCUUCCAUCGACUCAGUUCCGCGUAACCCCUCCGAUGCCUGGCAAUGUCUGACCGGGAUCGCCACCCAGGAUAAUGGCACCGCCCCAGAGGGCCAGGAUGAACGCGUCCGAUCAGACUCGGGUACUUUCUCAACAUAUAAUAAUGGUCUGCGGAAUGGUGUUGUCGCAGACUUUAAUACCCCGAAUGCUGGCAUCAGGGCAUAUAGGCUAGUCCAGUUACGAUCUCUGGAUCCCGGAACUGUCUGGCAGCUCGUUACUCGCUAUGCAGAUAACUUCCACCCAUAUCUCCCAUUGGUUCCGCGCAAAUACUUUGAGCGCUCGGCUUUGGAUGAUUUCGCAACUAACGAGAAAUAUUUGCUGACUGCGGUCCUAACCAUUGCGUCGAAGGAUUUGGUUGACAGGCCCGAGAUCCACGAAUACUGUUCAAAAUACAUGCACGAGCUGAUCUCGGGUAUCGCUGCGGGAGCAGACUGUGACGUCGAGGCCGUAGAGGCUCUACUUCUCCUAGCCGAGUGGGAGCCGCAAGGUCUACGGCCUCGCGUAGAGCGUGUUGGACGCGGAGAGGAGGACCGAGCUGCAUGGAUGCAUGUUGGGCUCGCCCUGCGCUCGGGCUACUUCAUCGGACUAGACCGGACAUCCUUUCGUGGAGACCCAUAUGGCGAUCAAGCAACUGAAGCUCGCCGACGGCUAGCCUGGGCUAGCUGCUAUGUCUCUGAUCGUCUCAUCUCCGUGCGUAUUGGGAGAGCUUUCUGGUCUCGAGGACCGGGCCCAAUGACCGGUCUUGUGAGUCAGGAUUUCCCAUCGCUGCAGCCAGCCAAGGAAGGUGAUGAGGACUACUCAAAGAUUUUUCAAGCAAUGCUGGAUCUUACACAGCUCUAUGGAAAUGUCCACGAGGUGUUGUAUUCUGGAAUGCGAACCAGCAACCAGAUGAUGCUCAUGGGCGAUUACGUCAAAUAUGUCGACGACUUUCGACUAGCGAUCCUACGGUGGAAGUCUUUGUGGGGACCUUUAGACUGCUCUCCACCAAUGCGGGCUACUUUAGAUCUGUCAUACGAGUACCUGCGCCUAUACACGACUGCAUUUGCCUUCCAGGCCGCAAUUUCCCAGUCGUUAGUGAAGCCGAAGACCGAUGGAAGCUCCCAUCGUGAACAGCUGAGGAGUACUUUCAAAAAUGUCGCCUCGAUGCAAGAUUCCCGAUUCAUUUACGAGUCUGUCGAUGCGGCGAAAGCCUAUCUGACGAUUCUCGUUGACUCCGUGGAUCCAGAGCGGCAUCUGCAUUUCAUGCCGCUGCGAUUCUACUUAUAUGGCAUUUACUCGGCCGUCUUCCUCUACAAGGCUCGCUCUUUCGGCAUGAUGGUCCCUUCAGAAGAAGCCAAGGUACAAGGCCUAGUCGCACGUACCACUGAAGUUUUGAGACAAUCUAGCGCCGGUAAAGACGACAUUGGAUCGCGUUACUCUCGAUUGCUGGAGUUACUAUGGAAAACCAAAUCAUCCGUCGGUAAUACAUCGACGGAGACACCUCACAGCAAUGACUUUGCGAUGCAAACCGCACUGUCUAACCCGGUUACCGACCACACAUAUAUGGACUUUAGUCCAGCGAAUGAUUUUUCAUGGCUUGACUUGGAAGCUGUGGGUGACUAUGUCUCCGGGGAUGCAAUUUCGGGUGGUCUGCUAGGGUUGGAUGCGUUUCAAAAUCCUUCCGAUCCUUACCAGCCAGGUCAAGACCGGUCGCAGAGUUGGCAACCAUCGACCUGGCUCGGUGAUAUGAGCAGCAACCUUCUCUUCUAG